GCUACUCGCGGUGACUUUUCUUGUGUUGUACCGGAAAAUUCUAACACACACUCACGGAGAGGACACACUCUAGGAGACUAGACUGUCGCGUCUGUCCGGACACACCGCGCGGAGCAGAGCGGCGACAUGGAGGAGCCCGCUGCUCAGAGCCGCUAUGUGCGCCUGACAGCAGAGCAGAUGGAUGAACAGAGGAUCCAGAAUGUGGCCUAUCAGUACCUGUGCAGACUGGAGGAGGCCAAAAGGUGGAUCGAGGCGUGUUUGGGGGAGGAGCUACCGGCUCCCACCGAACUCGAGGAGGCACUGAGGAACGGAGUUGUUCUCGCCAAACUGGGCCAUCGGUUCGCUCCAAAUUCAGUCCCCGUGAAGAAGAUCUUCGACCCGGAUCAGCAGCGAUACCAGGCCAUGGGGCUGCAGUUCCGCCAUACUGACAACAUCAACCACUGGAGAAACGCCAUGACGGCGCUGGGACUGCCCGCGAUCUUCCAUCCUGAAACUACAGACGUGUACGACAAGAAGAACAUGCCAAGAGCCAUUUACUGCAUCCAUGCACUCAGUCUCUACCUCUACAGGCUGGGCUUGGCUCCGCAGAUUCAUGAUCUCUAUGGAAAAGUCAAGUUCACAGAGGAGGAGAUCACCAACAUGAAGCUGGAGUUGGAUAAAUAUGGGAUCCAGAUGCCCGUCUUCAACAAGAUCGGAGGGAUCCUGGCCAACGAGCUGUCGGUGGACGAAGCAGCAGUCCAUGCAGCGGUGGUCGCCAUCAAUAAGGCGCUGGACAAAGGGGACGUGAGCGUGACGGCGGCGGCCCUGAAGAACCCCGCGGCGCUGCUCAGUGACCUGCAUGAGCCGCUGAUGAGCGUCUACCAGGCGCUGCUGCAGGAGGAACGCAGCAAAAAGGCCCAACUCGCCACGGCCUCGGACACUCGGGAUAAAGACAUGUAUGAAGAGUAUCUGACUCAGCAGGAGAUCCAGAAACAUGUCAACACCUGUAAUGUUCGCUCGGCUGUGGAGCAGGUGGACGAAGCUCUGGAAGAUGAAGAUGAGCUGGCUCUGCUGUCGGCGCUGCAGCUGCCAUGCUUGGCCCUCAGGGGCCUCCAUACCUGCAACGGCCCCUGGUACCUGGAACAGCUGGCCUCAGACCGACAACAGAAAGCUAUGGGCCAGGGCUGUGUUGAUCCUCUGGAGCCGGACGAGCUGCAGGAAGCGGUUUCCAUGGCCAACCAGGAUGCUCAGAGAGCUGCGAACGAGCAGACAGCGCUGCAGCGUCUAAACAAAUCCCUGCACGGCAACGACCCCAGACACACAGUCAGCUGCUUGAUGACCCCUGACCUCCAGCUGCCGGAAGUGUUUCCAUUUGCUGCAGAGUUUUAUCACAGAGAGCUGCGACUGCUGCAGAGGCGGAGCCCCGAGGGGAAGCUGGACCUGGAAAAGCUCUAUUGUGCUCUGGAGAUUCUCUCUCCUGUGGCCCUCAUCAAUCAGAGCCUUAAGGCGGGGCUGUUUCAGCAGUUCAGCAGCUCAUUGGUCAGUCCCUCUGUGGGGUUCUCUGAUGUAGACCCCGACCUGCUCGACAAGUACUUUGAGCAUCUGCUUGGCGUGAAGCAGCGAGCGAGCGGAGAAAUUCUCACUUACAAUCAGCUGCAGGAAGGAAUCGGCUUCGUCAACGUCUCGGUGCAGGACGAACAUCAGCAGCUGCUGGCGGUGGGCCUGAUGAACAAGGCCGUGGUUCGAGGAGACGCCCAGCAGCUGCUGUCUGCCCUGCAGACGCCUUCCUGCGGACUGGAGCACGUCCUGCCUGAGCACGCCUGCAGGUACCUGACGCUGCUGACCAGAGCCCAGCAGCACAGAGCUCAGGUGCGCAGAGACCCGGGAGCCGAGCUGUGGUUGGCUGAUAUCCAGGAAGCAGUGAGGAGAGCCAAUCACGACAGUCAGGACGCUCUGAAGCUGUGUCUGUGGCUGGCUGCGGUGAACCAGGCUGUGAGGGACAACAGAGACGAGCAGACUCUGAGGGUUCUGUCUCUUUCUGACAUGGAGCUGAGAGGAGUUUUAGCAGAGUGCGCUGCGGACUAUCAGAGAGAGCUCAGAGCGCUGCAGACACACCUCGCCAACACAGGUGACAACAGGAGUCCAUGGGUGUGUGUGCGGCUGCAGGAUGACUCUUUUUAUUAUUUUCACCUGAAUAAACUGGAGGGAAGCUGGCAGAGGCCGAAAGACUUCAGACACAACUCCAUGUUCAUCGACCAGCACCAGAUACAGGAGGUGGUGUCCGGCGUGACGGCGCGGCACCAGCGUGGCGUGCUGUGGCGGAGUCAGACACCCGCCGCCAUCACUAUCCAGGCUCACUGGAGGAUGUUUGUCCAGCGGAGGGCGUAUCGAGACCGCCUGGCCUUCCUCCGUUCCCAGACCAGAGCUGUCGUCAAGAUUCAGUCGUUUGUGAAGAUGUGGCUGCAGAGAAGAAGGUAUCGCGCUCGGCUUCGCUUCUUCAGACGCAACGUUGCCGCUGUGAUUAAGAUUCAGGCGUUCUUCAGAGCCAACAGAGCUCGGGAGCUGUACAGGAUGCUGGUGCACUCGGCCACGCCCCCGCUGUCCGUGGUCAGGAAGUUCGUUCACUUACUGGACCUCGGCGACGGUGACAUCAGAGAGGAGGCGGAGCUCCUCCGUCUGAGGGAGGAGGUGGUGAGGAGCAUCCGCUUCAACCGGCAGCUGGAGGCAGACCUGGACCUGAUGGACCUGAAGAUCGGCCUGCUGGUCCGCAACCGGGCCACCCUGCAGGAAGUGGUGUCUCACUGCAAGAAACUAACAAAGAAGAACAAGGAGCAGCUGUCGGACAUGAUGGAUCUGGAGAGAACUAAAGGACUGAAGGCUCUGAGCCGUGAGCGGCGGGACCGCCUGGAGGCCUACCAGCACCUGUUCUACCUGCUGCAGACGCAGCCGCUGUACCUGGCCCAGCUGAUCUUCCUGAUGCCUCAGUGCCGCUCCACCGCCUUCAUGGAGAUGCUGAUCUUCAGUCUGUUCCACUACGGCUCGGACCGCCGCGAGGCAUACCUGCUGCUGCAGCUCUUCACCCAGGCUCUGCGAUACGAGAUCAGGCUGAAGGUGGAGCGGCCUCAGGACGUGGCCACGGGGAAUCCCACCGUCAUGAAGAUGGUGGUGAACUUCUACCGCCACGCCCGGGGUCAGAACACCCUGCGGGAGAUUCUGGGUCCGGCUCUGAGGGACGUCCUGCUGGACCGGACCCUGUCCAUCCGCACCGACCCGGUGGACGUCUACAAGACCUGGAUCAAUCAGACCGAGACGCAGACCGGACAGAGGAGCUCACUGCCUUACGAGGUUUCUGCUGAAGUUGCCCUGAGUCACCCUGAAGUUCAGAGACGCAUCGACAUCGCCAUCAUCAACCUGAAGAACCUGACGGACAGAAUCCUCAAAGCCAUCACCUCCAACCUCCACAAACUGCCUUACGGUCUACGUUACAUGGCGAAGACACUCCGAGAUGCUCUGCAGACCAAGUUUCCUGACGCCAGCGAGGACGAGCUGUACAAGAUCGUGGGGAACCUGGUCUAUUACCGCUACAUGAACCCGGCCAUCGUGGCUCCAGACGGCUUCGACGUGGUGGACCGCUCGGUCGGUUCUGCCCUGCAGCCCGAGCAGCGCCACCUGCUGGGCACCAUCGCCCGCACGCUGCAGCACGCCGCCGCCAACAAGCACUUCCACGGGGACGGCUACCACGUCCGAGCCCUGAACCAGUACAUCAGCAAGACCCACGGCACAUUCAGGAGGCUCCUGGUGUCGGUCUGCGACGUCCCCGAACCAGAGGACCGGUUCGGAAUGGACGAGUACUCCGAGCUGCUGAUCGUCAACAGGCCCGUCGUCUACAUCUCCGUCAGCGAGCUGCUCAACACCCACAAGCUGCUGCUGGAGCAUCAGGAGGUUUUGAGUCCAGACCCGUCAGACCCUCUCAGUGUGCUGCUGAAGGACCUGGGACCAGUUCCCACGCUGCAGGACCUCAUCGGAGAGUCUGCAUCAGUGGAUCCAGGAUCAGAGUCCAGCAGGAUGGAGGUCUCGCUGACUCUCACCAACAAGUUUGACAUCUUCAGUGACACAGACAAUAAACCUGAUACCCGAGGACUCCUGCUCAGCACCAAGCAGCUGAUCAUCGACGUCAUCAGGACUCAGCCAGGUGAUUCUCUCGGCGUCAUCCUGAGGACAACACACUCGCCUGACCAGGAGGCCUGCCAUGACUGGCUGAUACAGCGUCGGCUUCGCCAGGACAACCGAACGCCUGAGAAGCUGAAGAGAAACCAGUCGUUGAUCGCCAACGGCAACCUGAGCUUGGAGGAGAAGAAGCGGAAGAUCCUGAGGAGUCUCCGCCGUUUGGAGGGAAUGGGAGUCCUGAGGGCGCCGCACGGCGAGGACCACAUCCUGCAGAUGAUCGCCAAGGACAUCCGUCAGCAGCGGAUGCGGCGCCAGCGGCGGGGGGCGGAGCUUGCGAAGCUGCGUCAGACUCUGAGCAGCCUCCAGGUGAAGAGCAGCUUCCACAGCGAGCAGGUGGACUACUACAGACACUACAUCAACAGCUGUCUGGAUCAGCUGACCUCCGGCAAAUCGAACAAUAAGAAGGCAGCAGACAGUAAAGGGAAGAAGACGCCUCCUGCUUUGAGCUACAGCGCCGCCCGUCUGCAGGAGAAGGGAGUGCUGCUCGAGAUUGAGGACCUGCCGAACACACAGUUUAAAAACGUGGUGUUUGACAUCGUUCCUGCAGCAGAAAAGGGAAGUUUCACCGUCAGCGCUCGCUUCCUGGGCGUCCAGAUGGAAGAGUUUGUGCUCAAAUAUCAGGACCUGCUGCAGCUGCAGUACGAGGGCGUGGCCGUGAUGAAGAUGUUCGAUAAAGCCAAAAUCAACGUCAAUCUGCUCAUCUUCCUCCUCAACAAGAAGUUCUUCAAGAAGUGAACUGAGCGGCACUCACCCCACUCCUGUCUUUGAGAACCAUGUUAAUGCUUUAAUAUCCUACAGAGUGAGAUAUCCCUACACUCCUAUCUUUGAACACAAAUUCACUCCGUUUUGAUUGAGUGAAACCUAUUUUAUACAUGUUUUUCAUCUCACUACGUAAUCUGUUUUU